AUGGAGUUCCCUACUCUUACCGACGGGGAUUUUGCAGACUCGUACCCGAACUCAGCGUUUCCGUCCAAUGUCACGCUGUUUGACGACGCGUCCGCAACUAACGAGACCGGCACGUUGAGCGGCAGGGACGCGGCGAGUGUGGUGACGGCGGUGUGCAUAACGGCUCUCUACUCCCUCGUCUGCGUGGUGGGACUGCUGGGGAACGUCCUCGUCAUGUUCGGGGUGGUGAGGUACACCAAGAUGAAGACAGCCACCAACAUCUAUAUCUUUAACCUUGCUCUGGCUGACGCUUUGGCCACCAGCACUCUUCCUUUCCAGAGUGCCAAGUACCUGAUGAACACGUGGCCCUUUGGCGAGCUGCUGUGCAAAGUGAUCAUCGCCAUCGACUACUACAACAUGUUCACCAGUAUCUUCACUCUCACCAUGAUGAGUGUGGAUCGAUACAUCGCCGUGUGCCACCCAGUCAGAGCCCUGGACUUCCGCACACCCGCAAAAGCCAAGCUCAUCAAUGUCUGCAUCUGGAUCCUCUCCUCUGCCAUCGGAGUCCCCAUAAUGGUUAUGGCUGUUACCAAGGUGACAGAGAAAGGUAACACAGUCUGCACAUUGAAUUUUCCUACGCCGGAGUGGUACUGGGACAUGGUGACAAAGCUUUGCGUGUUUAUCUUCGCCUUUGUGGUGCCAGUCCUGGUCAUCACUAUCUGUUAUGGUCUGAUGAUCCUCCGGCUGAAGAAUGUGCGCCUGCUCUCCGGCUCCAAGGAGAAAGACAGGAACCUCCGGCGGAUCACCCGCAUGGUUCUGGUGGUGGUGGCGGCCUUCAUUGUCUGCUGGACCCCAAUCCACAUUUUCAUCAUUGUCAAGACCAUGGUGGAAAUUGACCAGAAGAACCCCAUGGUGGUGGUCAGCUGGCACCUGUGUAUCGCUCUGGGCUACACCAACAGCAGUCUCAAUCCUCUCCUCUACGCCUUUCUGGAUGAGAACUUCAAGAGGUGCUUCAAGGAUUUCUGCCUGCCUUAUCGGUCCCGCGUGGAGCAGAACAGCUUCACCAGAGCCCGCAACACCACACAGGAGCCCACGUCUGUGUGCGCUCCUGGAGGGUCUGUUAGAAAGCCUGUAUGA